AAGGUACAUCAUCAUAACAACAGUUCUGUCCAACCGAGGAGGUCUUGUUCGCCAAAAUAUCGGCAUAAACAGUGCAAUUUCUCGAGUUUAGGUCCAAUUUUAUCCUAGACUACUAAGCAGAAAAGUAAAGUCAAGAUGCCGAAGAAGAAGAAGAAGUCCGGAUCUGGGAAGAAGGGAAAGAAGGGGAAGUUGGCUAAGAUGACUGAGGAAGAGAGGAUAGUGUACCUGGAACAACAGGCACUGGCAGAGGAAGAGAUGAGGAAGAAAAAGGAGGACAUGUUGACUCAGUAUCUAAAGGAUAAACUCACAAAAGAAGAAAAGUUCACAAGGUUCAACCUGAACAAGAUCAACAACCAAUGGCGGGCCAUCAUGCGCGAGUCCAAGUCCAAGGAGCUGCGGAGGGACAUUGAGAUUCUCAGUCAGACUUUCGAACGCGUUGUUGAUCGCAAGGAUAGCGUUAUCCAAUCAUUGGCUAAGGAUAUUGCGGAGGCGGAGGAACAGUUUGCCAUGGCACUGAGGAGUCAUCUAGAAAAUGUAGACGCCCUCAUAGAUCUACAGAGACAGAGACUCUUCACACUCCAGUCUGAGUAUGACACAGAGCUGGAAAUCCUCAAGAAAGAGUUUGAUUCAGAAAGGGACCUGAUCGUGGCUCAGCACAAGAAGGAGAUGACAGACCUGCAGGACGUGAUGUUUGCCAUGGAGCAGAACUUCCAGGACCGCGAGGCCGAGGCACGACAGGAGUUCCAGAGCAUGAGGGAUGAAAUCAAGAACAAGAACCUUGAGGAGAAGCAUGCCCUGCGGAUUCAGCUAGAGGGCGCUGUUGAGGACCUGUGGAGACAGUUCCAGCAGGCACUCAAGUCCUACAAUGAGUCCACGGAGGAGAGGAAGGUCGCCUUUGAGAACCUGAAGGCCAAGGACGAGAAGAGUGCGAAGGAGAUUGAGAUGCAGAUGAGAAAACUACAGAGGAUAUCUGACCAGAUAGCCCAACUGAAGGCCAAGAUGGCGCAGAAUUCCCGCGAGUGUGACGAGCGGAAUCACCAGAUCAAGAACGAGCGUGAGGUCAUCCUGCAGCACUUCCACGCGCUGAAGGACCGCAUGAACUCCAUGCGCGAUCGGGAGAGAGCGAGACUGACCAAGCUCACCCUGCAGAGUAACUCAGCCAUCAAGGAGCUACAGAGGGUUCAUGAGAAGGGUGAACGUAUCCUGAAGCUGUCUGAGAUGUGCAGGAAGCUGGAGACGGAGGAGGAGAAGGUCCUGCCGUUCUACGCUUCCUCCCUCACCGAGGAGGAACAACAGGACGUGGAGGCCGCCGUGGGGGAACCACCGUCCGAACCGUUAGCCGAGGUGAUGCAUGAGUAUGUGUCACUAGAGAACUUCUGGAAGAGAUACAACAAAGUUCUGCUGGAUAAACUGGCCCUGGAGAAGGAGAGGGCAGGACUGAUGACGGAGAACAACCAGCUCCGAACACUGCUCAAACAGUACCUGGACGGGAUCUCUGUCAACGACGAGAUCUUAUCACAGGUCAACCCACUGUUCGUGGUCAACCACAGGACCAAUGUCAAGUUAUCUGUACCGGUGGUGGACCCACGCGUGAGACGACCAGGACAGACGGUUGUGGAGGCAGCACACGUCGUCAAACAUCACACCAUGGGGGGUCUGUUGAAACGCGACAUGGUUUAACCAUCCAACAUGGCUGACGUAGUAGAGAAGUGGGGAUGGGGGCUGUUGUUAUUUUACUGAUCCGAGUAUAGGCAGAUGCAAUGUCUAUGUGGCUAUUAAUAUUCAUGAGUUGUUCAAUUAAGAAGUGUGUAAGGGUCAAUCUAGUGUUGUGUUACACAAAUUUCUUGAGUUGUAAAAAAUAAAGUCACCUUAAACUGGAAUUGGAGCACAUACCUUGAAAAGUGACCAAAAAAUGCCUACACCCCUAUAAAAAGGCUACAGAACUUUUGUAGUGAUUUCUGCUUGUACAUGUAUCGUUCCACUUUGGAAGUUUGUCAUGUGGACCAUGAAUUCUUCAGUUAUAAUUCCAGAACCCAGAGAAAGAUAGAUUUUACCAACAAGAGUUUAUUUUACAAAUGACAGAAAUUCUAUGGCAUACAAAUGAAGUUUUAUCACAAGUGUAUAUAGAAUGUUUUUGUCUUACAUUUGUAUGCACCAGGUCAGAUGUUUCUGAAGAACUAUGUGUAUGAUACUUAGAUGUGUUGAACUGUAAUAAAAAUAACUUUUCAAAGAAAACAUCAUGAUUUUCUACUGUUUUCUUCAUAUGAUCAGUGCUAUGA